UUCGCCUGUGGUGUAGUGGUAACGUUGCCGACUACAAGUCCCAUUUUACGUGGGUUUGAAUCCUCUGGGUUGAGAAACAUUUUUAUUUUGUUUUUUUAUAUUUCUAAUAUUAAUCCUGAUUCUGUUCUGAUCUUUUUCUGGUUUUUAUUCCGAUUUUUAUUUUUGUUUGUUCUGAUUUUUAAUUCUGAUAUUCGUUUAAUUUAAAUAGGAGUUUGUCUGUUUUGUCCGCAAAAAUCAUCCGCAAAUAUUUUUUCUAUUAAAAAAUUUUAUUUUUUUCAGAAAAAUGUUAAAAUUAAUUUCUUCCUUCCAAAAGCUUAUAGGAAUACAAAAAAGUAUUAAUAAGCCUUCAUCAAAUAAUUCCCCCACCAAAGAGGAUUUAAAUAUUCAACGUCUCUAUAUCCUUUCUUUAGCCCUUACAGCUAUUGCUUUUUGUAUUUUGUCUUUAAUUAUACCAAUAUUAAUAUCUGAAUUGGAUGAAUUAAAUGAAAUUGCUAAUAAUGAAAGAAAAGUUUUUAAUCAAAUGGCAAAAGAAAUAUGGCACCAAUUAAUCUAUAUCCGUGGAUCUUUUAAUAAUGGAAAAAAUACUUACUCAAGACUGUUGCAACUUAAAAGGAGAACUGAACGAGAAUCGCCUCUAAAUGGGAGUGAAAGCAAACGAUUUCUCGACUUUUUAGAAAGAAAAUCUUUCAAAGGCCGUCAACGACUCAGACAACAUUCAAAUUUACGGGAGCAAUUGGAGGGCAAUCAAAUCAGUUCGAAUUUUAUUGCUCCAAGGGCUAGGACAUUUUCUUAUGGAACUAUUCAAGGAAUACAAGAGAAAAAGCCGAAGGAGAAAGUAUUUUCCGUGGCACUGAAAUGUGAAAAAGGGCCUCCUGGAGAAAAAGGAUUGGCGGGGAUUGAUGGGGUACCUGGUCAGAAUGGAGAGCCAGGAAAACCGGGACAGUCGACAGAAGAGCAAGAAAAUAACCUAAAAGAUUCUGGCUGUAUUAAAUGCCCAGCUGGUCCACCUGGUCUUCCAGGAGAAAUAGGUGUUCCUGGAAUUAAAGGAGAAGCUGGAAUACCUGGAUUGCCCGGAAAAGCUAAAAAGGCACUGCCUGGAAAGCCUGGACUUGUUGGAGAUAAAGGAUUGGAUGGAGUUAAUGGAAUGGAUGGAGAGCCUGGAUUUCCUGGAGUGCCAGGAAUUAAAUAUUCAAAAGGACCUCAAGGCCAGAAAGGACCAAUAGGGCAAGCAGGCCCAUCCGGAUUGCCUGGAGAUGAAGGAGUAAAAGGAGAAAAUGGUCCUCCUGGUGAGGCUGGAUGGCAAGGAUUGCCCGGAGAGAAUGGACCGGAUGGUCAGACAGGACCUGUCGGGCCUGUUGGAGAUGAGGGAUUCCCAGGCAUUGAAAAACACUACUGUAAUUGCCCAGUCAGAACUUCACAUUUAAGAAAGGUUUGA